UCUUCUGCACCAGACAUAACAAAUUGAUAAUUAUUCAUUUUAAUUUUAUGAAAAUUCUUCAUUUCUUCUACUAGAUUAUGUUUAUUCACGAUUUAUAUGUUAAGUUUUGAGUGUAGAAAAAUGUACAAGAAUAUCAAGACAAAAUCAUCAGAAUGAUAAAACAUAUAUUAAUUAUGAAUAAAAUAUAAAAAAAAAGAAAUUAACAUGAUAAAUGAUAAAAGUCAUUAUAUAUAUUAAUCAACUAUAUAGUGAAUAUAAAUAUUCAAUAUAAUAAUAUGAAAAUUUCUUUUUAAAUUUUUUUAGCAAAUUUCAUUCAAAUUUAAACAUUAAAAAAAUUUAACAAAGUUCAUCAAUUUUUCAAAUCAUUUUAUUGUAGUUAUUUGUAAUAUGGAGUUAUUUUAUUGCAUAAAUAAAUUUGUUAUAACAAGAUGUCUAUUCGUUACAACCUUAUAUAAUGUUAUUCCAAUUAUUUAAAUACAUAUUAUAUUAUCUAUCUUUUGUUCCCUAAUGAGUAUUGUUUGGUUGCGAGAAGAUAAUUGUAGACAAGUAAUAAAAGGUGCAUCGGAAAUGUAGGUCAACAAGUGUAUGUGUGACUAUAUAUGAUGGAUUAAUAUCGAGGCAUUGUACGCAAAACGAUAAAUGUCCGCAGGGAAAAUCUGUCAAAAUAGGAAGAUGAUUUUUAUAUGAAAAUGAAAUUUUUGAGGCGAAUUAAAAUUAAAAUGUUGUAUGGUUAUAUGUAUAUAACUGGAGAUAUUAUUGUAUAUGUUGAAGAUUUUCAAAUAAAUAUUAUAAAUUUCACGAUAGAAAAAAAAUAAGGAUUAUUUAAAAAAAAAAUAGUAAAAUAAAAAAGAAAAAAGCAUUUGAAGAAUAUUAAUAAUUCUUAAAUUUAUUUUGAUAUUAAAGUCAAAAUUUUUAAAAUUUAUUUUUAUUUUUCUUAUCAUUUUUUUUCUUUUAAAUAUAGUAUAAUAAUUAUUCAUUGUUUACACAUAUUUCGAUAUUAAUGAUUGAAAACAAUUUAUUUCUUGAAUAUCAUUAAUUGACGCAACAUGUGUACAAUAGAUAUGCAUAUUUCAAUUAAACAAUGGAUCAUUACAAUAUUUUCAUUUCAUAAUUGAAAUAUAUUCCAUAAAAAAUGCAUAUUAUACUGAUAUUUCGAAAAAAGUAUAUUGUAGUAUGAAAAUAUUAAUAAAUAAUAUAUUAACAUUAUUUAUAUAUUAAUAUUUUCCUUUAACAAAAUAAACAACAUUAUUUGUAUACAAACAAUACAAAAAUAUAUUAAUAUAUUUACAUAGUAAACAAUAUUUUAUCAAUUAGUGUUAAAAUAAUAAACAAGUUUAUCUAUUUUUACGUAGAAAAAAAAGUAAUAAUAAAAUUUUUUUAAUACAAAUUUUAUGUUAAAUUAAAUUUAUGUGGGCAAUGAUAAAUGUAUUUGAAACUCAUAUAAUAAAUUACUGUCAAAUAUGGAAUAAAAAAACAUAAAUUUAAAUAAGAUAUUAGAAGAUAAAUUAUUAAUAAGUAUAUAUUGUGUUAUUAAUUAUUUUAUAAUAUUACACGUGUAAAAGGAUAACUGGAAUUUCCCCGAAUAUAUAUAUAUAUAUAAAUAUAUAUAUAAUUUUGAAAUAUAUAUUUGAAUUCCAUAUAAUAAAUUACUGUCAAACGUGGAAUUCCAAUUUAUUAUAAUAUGUAUUUACAUAGAAUGUGGAAUAAAUAAUUGCCAAUAAUAACCUAUAAAUAAAGAAAAUAUUUGUUCGUUUCUUAUUCAUCGUUAGUAAGUAACGCGGUGUUUUUCUAAUUUGUGUUAAGUAAAAUUGUGUUUCAUUCUGAUAUUAAUAUAAUUGGACUUCUAAUUGGUAGCAUGAGGGCGAUAAUCGUAUUUUGCCUUAUGGCAUUGUCCAUUGUGGACGCAGCAUGGAAGCCGCUCCCUGAAAACUUGAAGGAGGACUUGAUCGUGUAUCAGGUCUACCCAAGAAGCUUCAAGGAUAGCAAUGGAGAUGGUAUUGGUGAUAUCGAAGGUAUUAAACAAAAAUUGGACCAUUUUCUCGAAAUGGGCGUCGAUAUGUUUUGGUUAUCUCCUAUUUAUCCAAGUCCUAUGGUCGAUUUUGGUUAUGACAUUUCGAAUUACACCGAUGUUCAUCCCAUAUUUGGCACCUUAUCAGACUUAGAUAACUUAGUUAAUGCUGCACAUGAGAAGGGACUGAAGAUAAUCUUGGAUUUCGUUCCGAAUCAUACAUCUGAUCAACAUGAAUGGUUCCAGCUGAGUUUGAAAAACAUUGAACCUUAUAACAACUAUUAUAUUUGGCAUCCAGGAAAAAUUGUAAAUGGUAAACGUGUUCCACCAACUAAUUGGGUAGGCGUAUUUGGUGGAUCAGCUUGGUCAUGGCGAGAAGAACGACAGGCAUAUUAUCUGCAUCAAUUUGCACCAGAACAACCAGAUCUAAAUUACUAUAAUCCAGUUGUACUAGAUGAUAUGCAAAACGUUCUCAGAUUCUGGCUGAGAAGAGGACUCGAUGGUUUCAGAGUAGAUGCUUUGCCUUACAUUUGCGAGGACAUGCGAUUCUUAGACGAACCCCUAUCUGGUGAAACAAAUGAUCCCAAUAAAACCGAGUACACUCUCAAGAUCUACACUCACGAUAUCCCAGAAACCUACAAUAUAGUUCGCAAAUUUAGAGAUGUGUUAGACGAAUUCCCGCAACCAAAACACAUGCUUAUCGAGGCAUACACGAAUUUAUCGAUGACGAUGAAAUAUUACGAUUACGGAGCAGAUUUUCCCUUUAAUUUUGCAUUCAUCAAGAAUGUCUCUAAGGAUUCAAAUUCAUCAGACUUCAAGAAAUUGGUCGAUAAUUGGAUGAUAUACAUGCCAGCAGAUGGUAUUCCUAACUGGGUGCCCGGAAAUCACGAUCAAUUGAGAUUGGUGUCGAGAUUUGGAGAGGAGAAGGCCCGUAUGAUCACCGCGAUGUCGCUUUUGCUGCCAGGUGUUGCCGUGAAUUACUACGGUGAUGAAAUUGGUAUGUCGGAUACUUAUAUCUCGUGGGAGGACACGCAGGAUCCACAGGGAUGCGGUGCCGGCAAAGAAAACUAUCAAACGAUGUCGAGAGAUCCCGCGAGAACGCCAUUCCAAUGGGACGACUCAGUUUCUGCUGGAUUUUCCUCAAGCUCUGAUACCUGGCUUCGUGUCAACGAAAAUUACAAGACUAUCAAUUUAGCUGCUGAAAAGAAGGACAAGAACUCGUUCUUCAAUAUGUUCAAGAAAUUUGCAAUGCUGAAAAAAUCGCCACACUUUAAAGAGGCCAAUUUAAAUACGAGGAUGCUGAACGACAGUGUUUUCGCAUUCUCUAGGGAAACCGAAGAAAAUGGAUCUCUUUACGCAAUAUUGAACUUCUCGAACGAGGAACAAAUCGUGGACUUGAAAGCGUUUAAUAACGUGCCGAAAAAAUUGAAUAUGUUUUACAACAAUUUUAACUCUGAUAUAAAGUCCAUCUCCAACAAUGAACAAAUAAAAGUUUCUGCUUUAGGAUUUUUGAUCCUAAUUUCUCAAGAUGCUAAAUUUGGAAAUUUUUAAUAUCUUCCUGAAUAUGGCUAUUUUUUGAAGCAACGAAAAAAAACAUAUAUCGUUAAAAUGUCUCUCUACAUUAUUAUAUAUAUAUAUAUAUGUAUUAGCUAAUAAAUUUUAAAUAUUUUGAAAAGUAUAAAAAA